GGGAGAGAUCAUAAACAUUUCCCGAUCAAUAAAAUUCAUCUUUGGCUCAAAACACAUUAGUGCAACAAAUUUCGACAAUAUAUAUAAAGUCAAUGGGUUGAUACAGAAGGGGUGGCACGGACAGACAGACGGAGAGACAAGCUUAAAUUAAUCAAAACCAAUUAAGAAAGUUGCAUUUGGCGUGGGCCGAAUUUCACAUACUUAGGCAGUUAAUAUGUCUUCAUAAGCAUAAAACCUCGGAAAAGUGAAAAAGGAUAACAUUAUCACUUGUAACUUUGUGUGGGCAGAGGCGAUUUUUUCCAUUUUUGCACGUAAGGAGUAGAAUGGUUCGUAAAUGUGGAAAAUCUCAGUCUUUUAACUUUUAUAAGUUUCAAGGAACGAGCAAAAACCCAAACAUUUUUGUUAAGAAAAACGAAGUUACAUUUGUGCUUCCGCUCCAAUCGAUGUGAUCCAUUUUCAAUACCAACCUACGUGAAGAAACUUCCAGUGUUUCUACUUAAUCUGAAGUCGAUAUCUUCAUUUUUGCGAUCAGGAGAGUGCCCGCAACAAACACCACACAUAUGCACGGACGGGCAGGCAUGGCCAACUCAAUCCAGAAUUUCGCGCUGAUCAAGAUCCUUUUGGGUGUUACAUAUAUUAUGACAAAAAAAAAAAAAUCAAAAUGAGUAUACUCCCAUCUUACAGGGGUGGGUAUAAAAAAGUAUGGGAUAAAAAUCCAUUUAGCUACUUUUCUUUUUUUUUCCUUUCUAUUAUACUAUUUGAUAAAAUUCAAAUUUAUUUAAAGCAUACAUCUUACCAAAACUUAAUAAUCAAAAUUUUCCCAAUCGUUACCUAAGGUUCUUCUAAUCUUAUCGGGUAGCUUGCGCAAGCUUUCAUGGUGGAAAUUUCGUGGUUUUCGUACAUCUCUAACUUUGAAGAGCUGCUGGUCUGCUAAAUAUGACUGCAUCGAUUUAAAUCGUUGAUAAUCAAAAGGAGGCAAGUGCAGAAAACACGCUGCAACCGGCAGACGUUUCCAGACGAAGUUGAAGAUCACCUUCUGUGUUGCUUUUUGUGGAGACGGACGAACGUAUGUGAAUUUUCAUUGUUUCUGCAAGCCGACACAUUUUUUUCAAGAAAAUCUCGCAAAACAUUUUCUAACUGCCAACUUGACUAUUUCCAUAACUUCGGCCGGAUUUUUUGUCCCAGUUUAAUGCAGGGAAACUUGAAUGAAAGAGAUAUUGAAGAUUAUCUUAGUAAGUUAGAAGGCGGUUGCCUAUCAGAAGAUGGCCUUGAUGACCAAAACUGCGAUGCUGAUGAAGUUAUAAGAGUGUUGCAGGAGGAGAACGAUGGUGAUGAUGAUGUGGAUGAAGAAACUGCUGACAUUGAUCCUCCUCUUGUAGAACCAGAAGAUCAAGAAACCUCUCACCCAUCAACUUCAUCCAAUUCGCAGUCUUCAUCCAGUUUUCCAUUUGACAAAAGAAGCUUGAUUUGGAAAAAAAGGAAUCUGGUGUAUGACACAGAUAAAAUUACUUUCUUGGGGACUUCUACUGAUGCAGGUGGUCUAUCACACCUAGAAACUCCAUAUCAAUGUUUUAACCAUUUUAUCACUGAAGAUUUUAUCAAAACAUUAGUAGAGGAGACAAAUUUAUAUAUAAUACAGAGUAAUGAAUAUGAUUUGUAUAAGUUCUUUGGUAUAUUAUUAUACACGUCAGUAAUCAAAUUUCCUAGCACAAGAUCAUACUGGUCGCCAAAGUUUGGAUAUGAGCCCAUUUCUUCAACAAUGCCACUGAACAACUUUGAGAAAAUAAAGUUAUCAUUACAUUUUAAUAACAAUGAUCUGUCAUCCAGAACAUGACAGGCUUUAUAAAAUCCGCCCUGUUAUCAAGCAUCUCAAUGAGAGGUUUGUCACAGUACCAAUGAAUCAAUUUGACAGGAUAACAAAAGCAAAAAUUGAUAUUACUUGCCCGUUUAUUGUCCAAGAGUACAAUAAACAUAUGGGAGG